UGUUAAAAAGUUGAAGUUAGAAUCCUUUCGUCUAAAAAUCGGUCCGCGAUCGAAAAUUUGAAGGGCGGGAAUUAAUAUUAAUUAAUCACUCUUGCUCGAAUCUCGUUCUGUCGGAAAUCCCAAGUUGAGGGAGAAUACUGCACAGUUAAUGGCGGCUCCGGAGGAAGAGAGGCCAUCGGCGGCGUUGGAGAAUGGAGGGGAGGGGGAAGACGAUGAACAUGAUUCGAAAGAGAGAGUUCUGCAGAGGUACUUUCUGCAAGAAUGGAAGCUCGUCAAGUCGCUCCUUGACGAUAUCGUUUCAAAUGGCCGCGUCGCCGAUCCAUCUUCCGUCCAGAAGAUCAGAUCCAUCAUGGAUAAGUAUCAGGAGCAAGGCCAAUUAGUGGAGCCAUACCUGGAGGCCGUAGUUUCUCCGUUAAUGUUAAUAGUCAGGUCUAAAACGCUACAAUUAGGUGCGGAAUCUGAUGAAAUCGUUGAAGUAAUCAAGCCGAUAAGUAUCAUAAUUUAUACUCUAGUUACGGUCUGUGGGUACAAAGCUGUUAUCAGGUUCUUCCCUCAUCAAGUUUCCGAUCUGGAACUCGCUGUGUCUCUCCUGGAGAAGUGCCAUAGUGCAACUUCCAAGACUUCGUUGAGACAGGAAAGCACCGGUGAGAUGGAGGCCAAAUGUAUUGUAUUGUUAUGGCUUUCAAUCCUUGUGUUGGUUCCAUUUGAUAUUUCAUCCGUCGAUACGAGCAUUGCUAAUAGCAGUGGUUUCGGUGAGAACGACGUGGCUCCUUUGGUGUUGAAGAUCUUGGGUUUCUGUAAGGACUAUCUUUGCAGUGCCGGCCCUAUGCGCACUAUAUCCGGAUUGCUUCUCUCCAGGCUUCUAGCACGUCCGGAUAUGGGAAGGGCCUUUGCAAGUUUUCUUGGGUGGACACAUGAGAUAUUAUCCACUCAGGCAGAUGAUGUUUUGAAUCAUUUCCGUUUACUUGGUGUGAUGGAGGCAUUGGCUGCCAUUUUUAAGACUGCUAGCCAGAAGGCGUUGCUAGAUGUGAUUCCUACUGUCUGGAAUGAUGUCUCCAUCCUUAGCAAAUCAGCUACAGCAGCUAGGAGUCCUCUGCUCCGCAAGUAUUUGAUCAAGUUAACUCAGAGGGUUGGGCUUGUUUGUCUUCCACAUCGUGCACCUUCCUGGCACUAUGUGGGCAGAACCAGUUCUCUUCCUGAGAAUAUAUCUGUAGGUAAAUCUCAAAAGGUUGACCAGCCUGAUCAAACUGCCAUUGCCAUCUCUUCACAACCAGAAAUAUCAAAUGAGGAAGAUGAAGACAUGGAAGUUCCAGACAUCAUAGAAGAGAUAAUUGAAAUGUUACUCUCUGGCUUGAGGGACACGGACACCGUCGUUCGUUGGUCUGCUGCAAAGGGUGUAGGUCGUGUAACUUCACGUCUAACAUCUGGUCUUUCUGAAGAGGUGUUGUCAUCUGUGUUAGAGCUAUUUUCACCUGGCGAGGGUGAUGGUUCUUGGCAUGGGGGUUGCUUAGCCUUGGCUGAACUUGCUCGUAGAGGGCUGCUGUUGCCCAGAAGUCUACCAAAAGUUGUCCCCGUCAUUGUGAAGGCACUCCAUUAUGAUGUCCGUAGAGGUCCACAUAGUGUUGGUUCUCAUGUGCGUGAUGCAGCUGCUUAUGUUUGUUGGGCAUUUGGCCGUGCUUAUUACCACAAAGAUAUGAAGAACGUGCUGGAUCAGCUUGCUCCAGACUUAUUGUCUGUGGCUUGCUAUGAUAGGGAGGUCAAUUGUAGAAGGGCUGCUGCUGCUGCUUUUCAAGAGAAUGUUGGAAGGCAAGGAAACUAUCCCCAUGGAAUUGACAUAGUGAACAUAGCUGACUACUUUUCCCUUUCAUCUCGAGCCAACUCUUAUCUUCAAAUUGCUGUUUCGAUUGCACAAUAUGAAGGGUAUCUUUACCCAUUUGUGUAUGAACUGCUAAACAGCAAGAUCUGCCACUGGGAUAGGAGUUUGAGAGAACUUGCUGCGGAAGCUCUCGCUGCUCUUGUGAAAUAUGAGGCUGAGCACUUUGCAAACUAUGUGCUGGAAAAAUUGAUUCCUUGCACACUUUCAACUGAUUUGUGCAUGCGCCAUGGUGCGACUUUGGCAGUUGGAGAGAUUGUGGUAGCUUUGCAUCAAUGUGCCUAUGUCCUUUGUGCUGGUACGCAGAAACGAAUUGCUGGGAUUGUCCCUGCUAUUGAGAAAGCACGCCUUUACCGUGGAAAGGGUGGAGAGAUAAUGCGAUCUGCUGUCUCCCGGUUUAUUGAGUGUAUCUCGUUGACUCAUGUGCCAUUAUCAGAGAGAACAAAACAGCUCCUGCUUGGUACGCUCUCCGAGAAUCUAAGACAUCCAAAUUCUCAAAUACAGAAUGCUGCCGUCAAUGCGGUUAAACAGUUUGUGCAAUCCUAUCUCGUUGGUAGUAGUAGCGAAGCCGUUGAUCUAAUAUCAAAGCAUCUUAAACUGCUAACUGACACGAAUGUAGCUGCUCGAAGAGGUUCUGCACUGGCAUUAGGUGUCUUGUCAUACAACUUAUUGGUUGCAAAGUGGAAGGAUGUUGUUUUGAAGCUAUGCAGUGCUUGUGAGAUUGAGGAGAACCCUGAAGACAGAGAUGCUGAGGCUCGUGUGAAUGCUGUCAAAGGACUCACAUCUGUUUGUGAGACGCUUACGAAAGACCCGCAACCCGAAAUGGAUAAACUGUAUCUUUUUCAGCUGAUCAAGACUGAAGUGAUGAAUACUCUACUGAAAGCUCUUGAUGAUUAUUCAGUUGAUAACAGAGGUGAUGUCGGUUCUUGGGUUCGUGAGGCUGCAGUGUACGGAAUCGAGAAAUGUACAUAUAUCCUCUGUAAGAAAGACUCGAUCAUUCCAGUGAGUACCGAUGAUAAUAAUACAACCUCGCUUUUUGAUUCAAAUCUUGCCACUCGUGUGGUUGGAGGGAUUGUAAAGCAAGCGGUAGAGAAGAUGGAUAAACUGAGAGAGGCUGCUGCAAAGGGCCUUCAGAGGAUUUUGUACCAUGAGACCGUUUUCGUCCCUUUCAUACCUUACAGAGAAAAACUUGAAGCAAUUGUUCCAAGGCAACCAAAUUUAGAAUGGGGGGUACCGGCCUUCACCUUCCCACGUUUUGUCCAACUGUUAAGAUUCAGUUGCUUUAGUAAGGCAGUGAUGUCUGGAUUAGUAGUUUCGGUUGGAGGAUUGCAAGAUUCGCUCAGAAAGGCAUCACUCUCAGCACUAUUGGACUACCUGCGGGAGGGUGAAGCAAAUGGUGGUGACGAACAAAUAUCCAGGGAGUCUAUGCUAUGUGACGACAUUCUAUGGAUUCUCCAAGAGUACAAGAGAUGUGAGAGAGUUAUUGUUCCGUGUUUGAAGACCAUCGAGAUCCUCUUCAGCAGCAAGAUCUUUCUGAAUCGGGAGGCUUAUACAUCGAGCUUCUAUGCUGGCAUAAUGGAUUCGCUGGCCAUUGAGCUAAAACUCUCAAAGGACUUCACUAAGUUAUACACUGGUCUCGCGAUACUCGGUUACAUUGCUUCAGUGCCGGAACCAAACAACAAGCGAGCAUUCUCUCAGCUUCUGGCCUUCCUUUGCCAUCGGUACCCAAAGAUCCGGAAGGCCGCAGCUGAACAGGUAUAUCUCGUCCUUCUCCAGAACGGAGAUAUGGUGGAAGAAGAGAAGAUGGAGAAAGCGGUUGAAAUUGUUUCAGAGACUUGUUGGGAAACAGAUUUGGAAGUGACGAAACCCGAGAGGUUAGAACUGUGCGAAUUGGCCGGUCUAGACCCGGCAGUAGUGUUCAAGUCCAGCAGCAGGAAGGGGAGGGUAAGUAUGGAUGCCGCCGCAAAGAAGGCAACGGCCUCUGAUGAAAACGCGUCCUACUCUGCCCUUGUCGACUCCUCCGGCUUUUGACCUCUCCCCCCGUAAUCUCUUUGUUGUUGUCUUCAUCAUCAUCUCAGUUUUCUUCAACUAUUGCUCAGUCGUAUGCCUUGGCACUCUGUCCGCAAAUUGAUGGAAACCUCAUCAGCCAGGUAACGGUGGUCCAUCCCGUCCAUGCGUCCCCUCUCAGGGUUUCACGACUCCGAACUGCUUUUAUUUCCGGUUCUGGUUUAGCCCAUACACCAUAUGUUGGUCCAUUAGUACAUAUUUAAACUGAAUUCGAAUGGUCAUGUUUUUUUUUAAAAUAUGAAAAAAUUCGAAUUGAA